AUGCGAAGUGAUGCUGAGUUCGCAGGGAGGCUGGUUAUUAAGGCCCAAUUACACGAUGACAUAAGAAGGAUUCUUAUUCAUAAUGAAGAACUGACCUAUGACGAACUCAUAUUAAUGAUGCAACGCGUAUUCAAACCGAAGCUUGAUGGCAUCGAUAAUUUUAUCAUCAAGUACAAGGAUCAAGAUGAUGAUUACGUUACAAUUGCAGAAGAAUUCGACUUAUCCUAUGCCAUCCACAAUCAUAAGGUUUUGCGUCUAAAAUUAUUUGUUCCACAGGAGUCCACAUCGCCAACCGAAGAAGCGUCUGUUGAAGAACUCCCCAAUCACUCGGACGCUGAUGUUCCUGGCACAUGUGGUCGAAAAGCCGUUAUUAUGGAGCUUAGGCGUCUUCGUGAUGACUUCAAUAUGCUCGCUGAAAAAUUAGACAACUUUAUUUUACAUCAGAAGCUGGAGCCAACUAAGAAAUCCGCGAACGCUGGUGAUUCUUGCCCUACAGAGAAACCAGAGCUUCCCGCGAGCAGUAACGCCAUGCCUCCCAGACCUUUUGCAUCCGAUGUGCCGCCGACCACAUCUCACGUCUGUCCACCGGGGCCUUCGGCCACGCCGGCGAGUUUGGCCUCGUCUCUGUCGCAGAAUUUCGCAAAUGUCACCUUGGGUCAAUCCGUUGAGCCGCCACCGGCGUUUUCGCGACCAUCCGAACCACCCACCUCUGCGUUCCGGCCUUCACCGAGCGUUGACUCAACGUCGGCGCCACCACCGCCCCCCCUUCAAAUGGGCGGUCCCGGGAUGAGCCACUUUUCUCAGCCGGCGCCCACGAGCGUCGCGUCGCCUCCGCCCCUGAGCGGCGGACCUGCACCGCCUCAGCCGCCACCACCGCCGCCGCCACAGCAUUCAGCGUCGCAGCAGCCGGCACUGUUGCCGACAACGAACCUGCCGCCUCUCAGCGUACCACAGGCCGCCUUCCCGUCGGCUGUUCCGUCGCAGUUGUCCGCGAAGCCCGUUCCUCAGCCGCCUGCGGUCGCAACGCCGCCACCGCUACAUCCACCGGUUAGCCAGUUCACGCCGAUGAUGAUGAGCACCGCGAGCAGCAUGGUGCCACCUCCGCCGAUGCCUCUGCCGGGUCAGCGUUUCCCCACAACCACCUCCGCGGCGGCGGCGGCGGGCGGGUCGGGGAUGUCGGUUCCCCCGCCGCCCGGACCCGGAUCGAUGGGUUUCCCGUCGAUGGGAGGACAAAUGUCGAUGCACCUGGGAGGACCGGCGCCGCCCCCACUGCAGCCGCCUCCCCCGCCUCCGAUGCAGCCCCUCCAGCUCGGCGGGCUGCCGUCUAGCCAGUUCGCAGGCGCCACGCCUCCCCCUCCUCCCCCUUCGAUGUUCGGCAUGUACGGUCAGCGACCGCCACAGUGA